AUGGUAGUUGUACUGACUGUCUCUGUCUCUCUUCUGUCCAGGGUGCAGGUGGAGUUCUAUGUGAAUGAAAACACCUUUAAGGAGAGGCUCAAGCUGUUCUUCAUCAAAAACCAAAGGUCAAGUAAGUAGAGUACAGCACAGAGAAGUACAGUACUGUCACAACAUAACAAGGAAGUCAGAGACCUGGAAACGAGAAUAAUAAUCACUCUUAUCUAAUGCAGGGAGAUAACGUAAGUGAUAAGGUGCAUUGCAUAUCCAAUUUCAGCUCCAGUCAGGGUUUUCAAUUAGUUGUCGCUGUAUCUGCAUACCAUGUAAGUGUGUAAGGAGGACAAUGCUUUAGGUUUUUUGUUGAGGGAGAGGGUAUUAUCAUUUCUUAUUAGGACAUAAGGCAGUGGUACAGUAGGCUCUUUAAAAAAUACAUUAUACCUGUCCAACUUGCCAUGUACAAUGCCCAAUGUGUGUGUUAGACAUCAGUCUUCAGUCUGUGUGUGUGUGUGUGUGUAUGUGUGUGUGUGCGCGUGUGUUUGCGUGGUAGGUGCCUGUUUGUGUGUGUGUGCCUGUGUGUGUGUGUGUGUGUGUGUGUCUGUGUGUGUGUGUGGCUGCAGUAUGUUGUUACAGUUUGCAAUGUAUUAGUCAUUAUCGAUGAGCAACUUCCAAUCAGUUAUAGAAAAUAAACAUCAGGGCCAAAUAGAAAUGUCAUGCAAACCCAACUCGUAUAGAGCCUGCUGCUGAGCCAGCAAGCCAUUUACUAUGAUUGUUUUGGCCUGUUCAGUUUAGAACCAUUGUGAAGCGUUGAUGUUGUAACUGUGUCCCCUGGUGAGUUUAUACUGCAAAGAGAUUCAAUGGCAGGCAGGCUUGGAUGAUUGAAAAGUGAACAUUGUCUUUGUAAGGCAACUAGCACCAUCCUCUGACUUACAUGUGUAUCUGCAGCCAGGCAAGUUGUGUGUGAUUGUCCAUUUGUGUGUGUGUGUGUCAAUGUGUGUGUUCAGCCUUGUGCAAAGGCAGUGUUGUUGUAAUGCCUUUACUGUCACCAUACUCUGGGUUGUGUUUUCUUCCUCAAUUAUCAUAAUAAUUAAUCGUCUAUUCCACUGCUUUAUAUACCUGCCACAACAUACAGCAUUCAAACAUGACCUCCCCCACAGGUUGUCAUAGUUGUUGAACCCUCUCUUUAAUCCCUACUUCAAAGCAGUGACACCUGUGCUGUGUUGUUGCUGGGAGCUGUGUGUGAAAAAGAUGAGUCAGGGUAAAUCAGAUGUGAAGGCUUGCCAGACCAGCAUGAAGCCGUGUUAGUCAUGGCUCUGUGCAUAGACAUAUAUUGUCACUUUAGACUGGUCAGAGAGAGAGCAGAAAGCACAGCCUGGGCACUUAGACAGGUAGGGUUCAGGGGAGGAGAGAUGUCCGGUAGGGUAGAAUCACUGGCUCUGUGCGUAGACAGAUUGUAAUGAAUACUCAGGGAGAAAAAAGGUGUAGAUUCACGCAUUGAGCGCGGCAGGUGUUUAUUUAACCUUUGCAGAAGGCAGGAAUCGUGGUCACAGGCAGGCAAUGGUCCAUACACAGGUAGGCAAACAGGCAGGAGAAUCAAAAACUAGGACUGAAGGCUAUAACUGGUUCUCACAAACGUGCUAGGAAAAGGCUUAGUAGAGUCAAAAUGAACAAUACGUCACAAGGCACAAACAGAAUGAAUGCAACUAAAUAAGGAGCUGAUGAGACCAGGUGAGUAACUAACACAGGUGAAAUCAAUGAACAAAAAUGAAAGACAGGGCUACGUUCAAAAACACAAAGAAACAGGGCUACGUUCAAGAACACAAGGAUGACUAAGAAAAAGAAAUACAGAACCUUACACAGAUAUAGUCACUUUAUUCGGGCCAGAGACAGACAGAGAAGCAAACAGAAGGGCAGCACUCUAACAGGUCAGUUAGAAUAAGUAAUUUUUUUCGGAAAUCUGUAAAGCCUAGUUGAUAUAAUAAAAAUGACCAUUCAGAAUGCCGCAAAUGCACAUGGCAGAGGUAAUUAACAGAGGACAGGCAACAGUGAAAGAGUCUGAUUUUUGCCAUGAUAGAACUGAUUCUGACUGGAAGGCUAAAUGUGCAGCAGUAAUACAAUGUAUUACUGCUCAGUGCAGUAAUACAAAUAUAAUCUUUUUUAUUAAAUUAAGUAUUUCAAAUGUCAUGGUAGGUAUAAACAACAAUUACAUUGAUAACAAAUAUUUUUUAUUACCAAAAUAGCCCUACAUUUUUUUUUCUCCAAACAUGAACACUCACUCAAGUAAUAAAAUACUAACAUCUGCUUGGAUAUCCGGAUAUUCAAUUAACUGUGCCCACCCCUCAUUGGCCCGGGAUAAGGUCAGUUUCCGAGUUAAAAACAAACCUUCUAGACUUGUAUAUCCCUAUACCAAUGUGUCUUGCAUUACAAAAACUUGACUGCAAACAUCAUCCAGAUGUACUAAUAUAGGCCUAAUUAAGCAGAUUCGUUUUUUAUUAGGGGAUAAAUCAGCACAAAUUCAGUUUCUCAUUACCAUAUUAAAUUAUUAAGCUUAAUUUGACCUUUGUUAACUAUAAUCGUUUAAUUCCCUAUUGGAAACAGGUGAACAGAUUUGCUCCCAAUGCAAUUACUUAGUAAAUCUAGCCUUUAGUGUUGUAUUGUGUUUGCUCCCCUGCAGGCCUGAGGAUCCGUCUGUUUAACUUCUCCUUGAAGCUGUUGACGUGUGCCCUUUAUGUCAUCAGAGUGGCUCUGGACGACCCUGAACAGGUCACUGGAGUAUGGUGAGACUCCUACAAUUGUAUCUAUCUCUUACUAGAGUCCUGCUAUUUCACCUCUUACUAAUGACUCACCAUGUAUGCUAAACUGUGAUUUGUCAUUUGGCUGUUGAAUACAUUUACAUUUACAUACAUUUUAGUCAUUUAGCAGACGCUCUUAUCCAGAGCGACUUACAGGAGCAAUUAGGGUUAAGUGCCUUGCUCAAGGGCACAUUUACGUCAUUUAGCAGACGCUCUUAUCCAGAGCGACUUACAAAUUGGUGCAUUCACCCUAUUGCCAGUGGGAAAACCACUUUACACUUUUUUUCUUUUUUUUUUUUUUUUUUUUGGGGGGGGGUAGAAGGAUUACUUUAUCCUAUCCCAGGUAUUCCUUAAAGAGGUGGGGUUUCAAAUGUCUCCGGAAGGUGGUGAGUGACUCCGCUGUCCUGGCGUCGUGAGGGAGCUUGUUCCACCAUUGGGGUGCCAGAGCAGCGAACAGUUUUGACUGGGCUGAGCGGGAACUAUGCUUCCGCAGAGGAAGGGGAGCCAGCAGGCCAGAGGUGGAUGAACGCAAUGCCCUCGUUUGGGUGUAGGGACUGAUCAGAGCCCGAAGGUACGGAGGUGCCGUUCCCCUCACUGCUCCAUAGGCAAGCACCAUGGUCUUGUAACGGAUGCGAGCUUCAACUGGAAGCCAGUGGAGUGUGCGGAGGAGGGGGGUGACGUGAGAGAACUUGGGAAGGUUGAACACCAGACGGGCUGCGGCAUUCUGGAUGAGUUGUAGGGGUUUAAUGGCACAGGCAGGGAGGCCAGCCAACAGCGAGUUGCAGUAAUACAGACUUGUGUGGGUGAUUGGAGACAGAAUACAUACAAACUUUACUGAUUAUGUAUUUUAUUCCUAUUGAUUGAUAAAUGUGGUAUUCAUCCAUGUGGGUAUAGUUUGAUUCAGAGAAUAUAACUUUGACACAGUUGAAAAAAAUAUAUAUAUUUGGUCCAGAUAAAAAAUAUUCAGUUUCUAUGACUUUGAAAUUAGUUUUUAAUCUGUGUGCGUGAGACACAAAGCCUGAAAGAGCAGCGUUGGUGAUGGGGCAGCCUUUCUCUCAGUCUCAGUGUAGUAAUGUGGAAGCAGGAUAUGUUUGUUUGUGUAUCACGCCGCCGGCAGCUCUUAAAGACAUAGUCCCUCUGCCUCCCGGCCGUCACCAUGGCAAAAUACAGUACUGAGUGAGUGAUGGUGACUAUUACCCACAGGAUAUAUUUUUCACCACACACACACUCUCUAAAUGACUUCCUUCCCCCCCACAUUUCCUAUGAAUUUCCUUUGCAGUGUCAACUGUCAGAAUAGAACAAGCACAGCCACAGCAGAAUCCACAGAAAUCACAGAAAUCAACUGGUAAGUUAUUAGGGUCACUGCACAUUGACUUGACCCUGGGCUUUGAAUGUGUUUUGGAUUGUAAUGUGCUCAGCGAAUCCCAUAGCUAUCAGGUGGUGUUUUGGAAUUAGAACUGUCUAACCUAUAUGGUGUAUUUAUAGCCUACUCAAUAAUACUGUUUUGUCUUGUGAAAGGGAGAAUUAGUUUUGUCUAAUAAUCAAUAUACAGUACAUACUGUAUAAUCAAUAAGGUUGUUUUGUCUUGUGAAAGGGAUUUGAUUUUCUGGGUGAACAGAAGGGUUCCUGUCUGGGCGAUACAGGUAAGAGUCACAAACAUAGCUUUGAUUUAUAAAACUGACCUCUCAUGUUUUUCAUUCUACAAUAGCCACACAAUCACUCUGGGCCGAACCCAUAUGCAUACAUAUCCCCAUGAAUCACCCAUUGACACCGAUGUAGGAUUUCACACAGAUUUCAAGAUUCUGUCCUCUCUAUGGCUUUCCUAACAUUUUGGAAUUUUAUCCUUACCAAGAGUCAUCCUAUUGGUACUGUAGUCCAAGUAAAACGGAGCAUCUUAACACUCACAGCAUUUCAACUGAAAACAUUUUACAGCAGGAAGGAUUUUAGAAAAGGAACGACUUUAGAACACAUCUCUCUCAAGUAAUGGAUUGCCUUUGGUGCUGGGGUUAGAUUGCAACCCUGGUAAUAUGAGUCUUCUGUCUGCUCUGCUCCAGGUGACCGUGGCCUUAAUCAGUUUCCUGGAGGCUAUGCUCCUCACAUAUCUCAGCUACAAGGUAUGCCACCUCAGCUCUACUCAGUCAGAGUCAAAUAAGCUAGAAGGAAGUAAUUUCAUUGAGCAGUCCUGAGGCAUGUCUGUGUGAGAUUGCAGUUAAUUGGUGAACUUUCUGGCAAAGUUUUUACCGCGAGCAGUGUGAAUGCACCUUCACUUAGUUCUAACCUGAGCCAGAAGAACAGAUCAUUAAUACACUAUGCCAUUGAUCAAAGCCCUGGAAUCCCAAUGAAUAAAAGAUUAGGUGUCCAUCCUACAUUGAUUUUAUUUCCUUAAAUAUUCCAUUAAUUAAAGUGCUACAGUGCUAAGUCUCUUUGAUGAAUUAGGUGAAGUUUGAUUUACUUCAGGAGGACAAAGUACAUUGGGUUUUAGUUUUAGUUUGUUUUGGCAGAUGGCUCCUAUCCCCAUUUGUUUUAAUGAAUCCUGUUAUUAUGCUAAGUUAUGAGGGCUUGUCAUUACUCCAACGAUAUUGGUGUCCGUUGCUUUGGCAUUCUGACCUAGUCACUAUUACUGUAAUUAGUACACAGACAGAGCCAAUGCCACGGCUAACACUUUGAGCGUUUGCUCUAGUCUACCAGAUGGGGGUUCUACUGCCAGAUGGGCAGGGGUUCUACUGCCAGAUGGACAGGGUUUGCAGUUUUGGCCCUAUUUUAUUGGUUCCAUUGUGCCAGGCAAGCAGUCAAGCUCAGCUAAAGUAUUUGAAAUUAUUUAGAAUAGUGUUUGAACCCAGGUGUGAUUGAUCAUAGGUAUUUUGGCAUUCUGAUCUGGUCACUAUUACUGUAAUUAGUACACAGACAGAGCUAGUACCUUAUUGCCUUGGCUAACACCGCAUUGAUCCUGUUUCUUUGUUCCAGGGGAAUAUCUGGGAGCAGAUGUUCCAGAUCUCCUUCAUCCUGGAGAUGAUCAAUACCGUGCCAUUUAUAAUUACUGUGAGUCUUCUUCCACCUGAUCUCUCACAAACACACACAUGCACACACACACACCUUGUUUUUCACUGUACACCAUAAUAAAUGAUUUCAGUUAAUCUAGACACUUAUUUUUUAUUUAAUUUUUUUACCCCCUUUUUCGCCCCAAUUUUGUGAUAUUCAAUUGGUAGUUACGAUCUUGUCUCAUCACUGCAACUCCCCAACGGACUUGGGAGAGGCAAAGGUCGAGUCAUGCGUCCUCCGAAACAUGACCCACCAAGCCACUCUGCUUCUUAACACCUACUCGCUUAACCCGGAAGCCAGCCGCACCAAUGUGUCGGAGGAAACACCGUUCAACUGACGACUAAAGUCAGCUUGCAGGCACCCCGCCCGCCACUAGGAGUCGCUAGAGCGCGAUGAGCCAAGGAAAGCCCCCCGGCCAAACCCUCCUCUCCUCUAACCCGGACGACGCUGGGCCAAUUGUGCGCCACACUAUGGGACUCCCGGUCACGGCCGGUUGUGACACAGCCUGGGAUCGAACAUCCUUAGACCUCUGCACCAAUCGGGAGGCCCCAGUCUUCUAAUACCAAUGGGCUUCAGGCACGCUGAUAAUGUAUUGGUUUUGAAUGGCUGUGGUCUGAUUGUGAACUCACAGUGCAUGAUCUCCCUCUGACAUUCUCAUCAAGCAUCAGGCUCACAAUGUCCAACAGAGAAAUGGGACAAUAUGCAAAUGAGUUGUUGCCGCCUCCAUGAGGGAUGAGGUGCUGAAAAAUGUAUUAAUUUCAGUCCAUAUCCCACAAGCAUACAAAAAGCAUAGUUUUUGCGGCGUUUAUGGUGUCGAUUUCAGGCUCUCAAGACUUAGGAGUAUGGUAACGCAAGACUAUGAGUAUCAAAAUUUGAUGAUGGGAGCAUAGGCCUACACUGUACAUGUGCAUAUUGCCUUAGGCUCGAGUAUUAAUUCAUUAAAUUGUCUUUUCAGAUCUUCUGGCCUCCAUUGAGAAACAUCUUCAUCCCAGUGUUUCUCAACUGUUGGUUAGCCAAGUGUGCCCUGGAGAAUAUGAUUGUGAGUAUAUGCUAUAACCAUAAGCAGCAGGCAAAACCGGACAAAACUAGUUGCAAUGAUGUCAUUUCAACCAGUUUCGCUCGCGGGGAAUACAUGGGGUUUUCUAUCAAAAUUAUUCAGUUCUAAGAGAUUAUAUACAGUAGUCUACUUGUAGAAUAGCCAAACUCUGUCUGCAUUAUGUGGGAGGACAGUCCAAAGCAGUGGUGGGUAGAAAAUUCCCUAGUUAUAGAGUCAAAAGACACACAGUCAGUUUCCAUUUGUAUUGAGUAAAGCAAACCGUCAAUGAGUGUAGAUUUGAGGCAGAGCCAGCAGCAUCUCUCUGAUGGUUAGAUCCAGGGCUAAGGAGACCAGUGCUGGGAGAGAGAACAUUAACACGGUAUGAAGGGACGUGGUGGUUAGGUAGCUUGAAGAGAUUGAAGGGAGGGGAGAUGGUGGGUAGCUAGUCAGCCAGGCAGAAACAUUAACAAGGUGUGGCAUGGACUGCAUGGUCACUGGUAUAUCUGAGUAAAGGUCAUAUUUACGGAAUGGUUGACUGCAUCAGUAUCAAAGUAACCAGAUAUGUUUGAUAGAGAAAUUAACAGACAGAGAGUCGGUGUAGAUCAGUGGUAUUCAAAGUCGGGGUCGCACCCCCCCCCCCCCAAAAAAAAAUAAAUUAAAAAAUAAUAUAUAUAUAUAUAUAUACAGUGGGGAGAACAAGUAUUUGAUACACUGCCGAUUUUGCAGGUUUUCCUACUUACAAAGCAUGUAGAGGUCUGUAAUUUUUAUCAUAGGUACACUUCAACUGUGAGAGACGGAAUCUAAAACAAAAAUCCUGAAAAUCACAUUGUAUGAUUUUUAAGUAAUUAAUUUGCAUUUUAUUGCAUGACAUAAGUAUUUGAUAUAUCAGAAAAGCAGAACUUAAUAUUUGGUACAGAAACCUUUGUUUGCAAUUACAGAGAUCAUACGUUUCCUGUAGGUCUUGACCAGGUUUGCACACACUGCAGCAGGGAUUUUGGCCCACUCCUCCAUACAGACCUUCUCCAGAUCCUUCAGGUUUCGGGGCUGUCGCUGGGCAAUACGUACUUUCAGCUCCCCCCAAAGAUUUUCUAUUGGGUUCAGGUCUGGAGACUGGCUAGGCCACUCCCGGACCUUAAGAUGCUUCUUACAGAGCCACUCCUUAGUUGCCCUGGCUGUGUGUUUCGGGUCGUUGUCAUGCUGGAAGAACCAGCCACGACCCAUCUUCAAUGCUCUUACUGAGGGAAGGAGGUUGUUGGCUAAGAUCUCGCGAUACAUGGCCCCAUCCAUCCUCCCCUCAAUACAGUGCAGUCGUCCUGUUCCCUUUGUAGAAAAGCAUCCCCAAAGAAUGAUGUUUCCACCUCCAUGCUUCACGGUUGGGAUGGUGUUCUUGGGGUUGUACUCAUCCUUCUUCUUCCUCCAAACACGGCGAGUGGAGUUUAGACCAAAAAGCUCUAUUUUUGUCUCAUCAGACCACAUGACCUUCUCCCAUUCCUCCUCUGGAUCAUCCAGAUGGUCAUUGGCAAACUUCAGACGGGCCUGGACAUGCGCUGGCUUGAGCAGGGGGACCUUGCGUGCGUUGCAGGAUUUUAAUCCAUGACGGCGUAGUGUGUUACUAAUGGUUUUCUUUGAGACUGUGGUCCCAGCUCUCUUCAGGUCAUUGACCAGGUCCUGCCGUGUAGUUCUGGGCUGAUCCCUCACCUUCCUCAUGAUCAUUGAUGCCCCACGAGGUGAGAUCUUGCAUGGAGCCUCAGACCGAGGGUGAUUGACCGUCAUCUUGAACUUCUUCCAUUUUCUAAUAAUUGCGCCAACAGUUGUUGCCUUCUCAACAAGCUGCUUGCCUAUUGUCCUGUAGCCCAUCCCAGCCUUGUGCAGGUCUACAAUUUUAUCCCUGAUGUCCUUACACAGCUCUCUGGUCUUGGCCAUUGUGGAGAGGUUGGAGUCUGUUUGAUUGAGUGUGUGGACAGGUGUCUUUUAUACAGGUAACGAGUUCAAACAGGUGCAGUUAAUACAGGUAAUGAGUGGAGAACAGGAGGGCUUCUUAAAGAAAAACUAACAGGUCUGUGAGAGCCGGAAUUCUUACUGGUUGGUAGGUGAUCAAAUACCUAUGUCAUGCAAUAAAAUGCAAAUGAAUUACUUAAAAAUCAUACAAUGUGAUUUUCUGGAUUUUUGCAGAAAAAAACCUGCAGAAUCGGCAGUGUAUCAAAUACUUGUUCUCCCCACUGUAUAUAUACUGUAUAUACGUUUUUGAGAAAGAUAAUUUGAAAUUAAAUGUUUUUGAGUAAAUGUAUUUAUUGGGUUCUUUUCAUUUUGAAAAUUGAAUUGAAGGUUAUUUGUUGAUGUAAAAAUACAAAUGUACCUUAAGGUUGUGUCAUUAGAUUUAGGGUGGAAUGGGUCCCCAUAAAUUAUGGCAGAAGAAAUGGGGUGCCUGCUGAAAAUGUUUAAAUACCACUGGCGUAGAUAGAUAGGCUGGCUGACCAGCAGACCAACUGACUGACCAACCAAUUUAACAUUAACUCUCCCUCUCACUGUCUUUCUCCUUCCCACUCUCCCUCUAUCCCUCUUUCUCCUCAGAACGAUCUCCAUCGUGCCAUCCAGAGGACCCACUCUGCCAUGUUCAACCAGGUCCUCAUACUUAUCUGCACCCUUCUCUGUCUGGUCUUCACCGGGUAUGUGCCCCCUGAUCCCAGCCCCUUUUCCCGGGAACUAACAAGAGCAGAUGGGAGAGGAGGAAACAACUUUCUGGAAUGAAAUGCACCCCCUGAUAUUAGCCCCUCAUCCCUGAAGCUCCCUGGGACCUUCUCCUCUUAGCACUGUCAUCUUGAGAUGUCAUUAUCCAAUACAGAGAACUAACUGAGGAAGUCAGGCAGAACAGACAGCAGAAUCAAUGGUGUCAUUCUCACUGAUUACACAGAUCAGAGCAGAAGUGUUGUGGUGCAUCGAUCGUGGGGAAAGUAGGAUAUUGAUCCUUAAUCUGCCAGGCUGGAAUUUCUAUGUGGAAGUAGAUGUAUGCCAAAGUCUCUGUUGAAAUAUCAACGGUAAUGAGGCCGGUAGGAGUCAGUAGGUCAUAUUGGCUCAUCACCCUACAAUAUCAAUACAUGAUAUUGUAAUUCACCUUUCUCUUUGUUAAUUCAACGUGCCCAUAUUAGAAUUGAAUCUGUCUUUAUUCAAAUAAACACACUGCUAUUUCCUCAUGCAUAGCCUAGAUCCAGCAUUAUAGUGGUUCUCCAUAACACAGAUUCAGAAACCUACAGCAAUGAGCGUUGAGCGUCUAUGCUCGCAAGAUUACCUUGUGCAAAAUGUUGCCCCCUAAAUGUGAAAUCCCUCUCCUCCUUCCAGGGCGUGUGGUAUCCAGCAUCUAGAGAGGGCCGGGAAGAACCUGACUCUGUUCAACUCUCUGUAUUUCUGCAUCGUCACCUUCUCUACGGUGGGCUAUGGUGACGUCACACCUCAUAUCUGGCCUUCUCAGCUGCUGGUGGUCAUUCUGAUCUGUGUGGCCCUAGUGGUGCUCCCGCUACAGGUAUAACAGUGCUUAUACAAUGGGAAAAUAGCCUAUAACCACAGAUGUUUUUUUGAAAGAUAAUUGAGGCUGAAAAUGAUUUACCCUAAUGUUUCCUGGGUUGACUGUUGAUUGUCCUCAAACACUGUAUCACCACAUUUGAUUCAAGAAUUACCUGAUCAGAGCUGUUUGGAAAUAAUAGCUGUAUACCUGUAGUAGUAACCAUUCAUAAAGUAACAUCCUGAAGGCUAAGACUGCUUGAGCUUUUUUUGGAACUCAGAAAUGAGAACACAUUUUGCAUUUUAAUGAUUUAUCAGACGCUCAUAUCCAGAGCAACUUACAGUUAUUGCAUUCACUAACUGUAAGGGGGUGGUGGGGUUUGAGGUGAGGAGGGGGAUUAUUUAAGAUACUCUUUGAAGAGGUAGGGUUUCAGGUGCUUUCAGAUGAUGUGCAGGGACUCUGCUGUCCUAGCUUCAGGAGAAAGUUGGUUCCACCAUUGGGGUGCCAGGACAGAGAAGAGCUUGGACUGGGCUAAGCGGGAGCUGCCCUCCCAUAGUGGUGAGAGGGCCAAGAGACCAGAGGUGGCAGAACGGAGUGCUCGGGUUGGGGUGUAGGGUUUGAGCCUGAAGGUAGGAAGGGGCCAUUCCUCUUGCUGCUCCGUAGGCAAGUACCAUGGUAUUGUAGUGGAUGCAAGCUUCGACUGGAAGCCAGUGGAGUGUGCAGAAGAACGGGGUACAUGGGAAGGUUGAAGGGGUUUGAUGGCACAAGCGGGGAGCCCAACCAACAGCGAGUUGCAGUAGUCCAGACGGGAGAUGACAAGUGCCUGGAUUAGGACCUGCGCCGCUACCUGUGUGAGGUAGGGUCGUACUAUACGGAUGUUGUAGAGCAUGAACCUGCAGGAGCGAGUCACUGCUUUGAUGUUUGCAGAGAACGACAGGGUGUUGCCCAGGGUCACGCCAAGGUUCUUUACACUCUGGGAGGGUGACACUGUGGAGUUGUCAACCGUGAUGGAGAGGUCUUUGAAUGGGCAGGCCUUCCCCAGGAGGAAGAGCAGCUUCAUCUUGUUGAGGUUGAGCUUUAGUGAGUGGGCCAACAUCCAAGCUGAGAUACUGUAUCUGCCAGGCACGCAGAGAUGUGUGUCGCCACCUGGGUGUCAGAAGGGGGAAGGAGAAAAGUAGUUGAGUUUCAUCCGCAUAGCAAUGAUAGGAGAGACCAUGUGAGUAUAUGAUGGAGCAGAGUGACUUGGUGUAUAGAGAGAAGAGGAGAGGGCCUAGAACCGAGCCCUGGGGGACACCAGUAGUGAGAGCACAUGGUGCAGACACAGAUCAUCUCCACGUCACCUGGUAGGAGCGGCCUGCCAGGUAGGAUGCAAUCCAAGAGUGUGCAGAGCCUGAGACGCCCAGCGCUGAGAGGGUGGAGAGGAGGAGCUGAUGGUUCACAGUGUCGAAAGCAGUGGAUUGAUCUAGGAGUAUGAGAACAGAGGAGAGGGAGUCAGCUUUGGCAGUGUGGAGAGCCUCCGUGACACAGAGAAGAGCAGUCUCGGUUGAGUGACCCGUCUUGAAGCCUGACUGGUUAGGGUCAAGAAGAUGGUUCUGAGAGAGAUGGUGAGAGAGUUGAUCAGAGACAGCACGCUCAAGUGUUUUGGAAAGAAAGUAAAUAAGGAUUUCACACAGCAGCAACCCUCCUCAUUAAGCCUUUUGAUAUGUUGCCAAAAUCCCCACAGUAUACAUUAGCUAAUGAAUAGAAUAUAUAGAAAUCCAUUUCAUGAACUUUACUUCUGAAUCAGCAUUUUAACUCCUCACUCUGUCACCCUCCAAAAGCACAUCAUUAGGCUAUAAGUUUGUUACAUACAGUAGCGUCCAGCAGGUUGUUGUAACUCCAAAUGUGUGUGUGUGUGUGUGUGUGUGUGUGUGUGUGUGUGUGUGUCAGUUUGAGGAGCUGGCCUAUCUGUGGAUGGAGCGUCAGAAGUCAGGAGGGAACUACAGCAGACACCGGGCCCAGACAGAGAAACAUGCGGUCCUGUGUGUCAGCUCUCUGAAGAUAGACUUACUCAUGGACUUCCUCAACGAGUUCUACGCUCAUCCUAGAUUACAGGUAUGUCUACAGGAAUAGAGGAAGGCUAUGUUAUUUGGUGUGUACUCCAAAGACAGAGCUAAAGGACGGAGCUCAAUAUUUCUGUUUUAUUUGUCACCCUUUUCACUAAGACGAUCAAAUCUCGUGCCUAACAACAUGUGCAAUUAGCUUGCAAAAUAUCAUAGGUAAAAAUGCAAACAUUCAGUCUAGAUAUAAGGUAUCUAACAGGUAUCUACCCUGCUCUCCUGCAGGACUACUAUGUGGUGAUCCUAUGCCCUACGGAGAUGGACAUCCAGGUGCGUCGGAUCCUCCAGAUCCCCCUGUGGUCCCAGAGGGUCAUCUAUCUCCAGGGCUCAGCGCUCAAAGACACAGACCUCAUGAGGGCCAAGUGAGUGACCCACUGCCCACGGGGAGUAAAGAGUCUCAAUGGGAGAGAAGGGCAGCGUUGAACAGGGCUCAAUGUUGUGGUGCGUUAUAGAUAGAAAUAUCACGUCUCUCGGUCAGCUCCAUUCUAUAACAUUUCUAAUUGCAAUGAUAAGGGGAAGCGAGGGGGAUCAGAAAAGUUAAUGACACCAUCAGUUGAGGUCACAGAGGUCGGCUGUGGUUACCUCAGUUAAGGACCAACCUCUCAUUAACCUUUUAUUGAGUCCUCAUAGUUACUGGCUGAUAGGCUUUCUGAUCUCAGAUAUGAGUCAAGCGUCUGUGAGUGAGUCUGUGUACCUUGUGGUGCUGGCAGAUAAGAGAGCAGUAAAAUCAGGAAAAUGGCGGCCUAAGGUAUUCAUUCAGUUGACUUUUCUCUCCUAGUACAGUAUAUCAGUGUAAUGGGAUUUCUCACUACUGCUCAUCCUCGUCAUAACAGCCAAGUUCAAAAGCAUCAACACACACUUUUGCAAGGGUAUAUCACACCAAAACGAGUUGGCACUGGCAGGGGCUGACCUGUCAAUAACACAAUACAGGCAUCCAUUGAUAUGCAGCUGUUCUAAUGUAUAGCUGCAGUUUUUAUUGUAGCCAUAGGGUGGAUGUUAUGGAAUGGUGAUGGAUGGUUGAAUUGUGGUCAUACUGCUCGUCCCCAUGAGGGAAAACUGGGAUGGCGUGAAAUGUACCCUGUCCACUGCAGCACAGCGCUGCAUGGCCAUUCAGUGAAAACAGGGUCGUAAUUCCAGCAGCUCAUCCCACACCCAUUUUCACGCAUGAAAUGACUCAGGAUGAUACAGAAAUACAGUAGUGAGACAGUACAGUGCACAUUCCAACAACAUGGUGCUGUUAGCCUAUUAGCUUUUCUCACAGGUAGUUCUCACUAAUGAUACCUGUCUGAAGCUUCCUUGGCUUGGCUUGUUGUGUGUGUGUGUGUGUGUGUGUGUGUUUCUGUAAUACAGUGUGUUUCCUACAGGAUGGAUGAUGCAGAAGCCUGUUUUAUCCUGAGCAGUAGGAAUGAGGUGGACCGCACUGCUGCUGUAAGUUCAUUAUCAGAUUCAUGACUUCAUAUUCAGCUCAUUGCAAUCAUAACUCAGUACAUGUCCAAAUAUGAAUAGAGUUACGAUUGUAAUUAACUGAAUAUUUCCACUCCAACUCCCUCACAGUUAGAUCGCGAUGAUUGGAUCUGUGGCUCAAGUACUCUUUUACUUUUCCACUCAGUUGAUUUUUCAAGAUGAACAGAAAUGAAAAAAAAAAGAAAAAUAUAUAUUGGAUUUAUAUACCCGUAUUGGGUACACAUUACAGCCUAGCUUGCCAAUUCUCAGAAGUGGCAGAUGGUAAGGGAUGUUGUUUUCUCCUGCAGGACCACCAGACCAUACUGAGAGCCUGGGCUGUGAAGGACUUUGCCCCAAACUGCCCACUGUACGUGCAGAUCCUCAAACCAGAGAACAAAUUCCAUGUAAAGUUUGCUGGUGAGCUUGCCUCCUCGCAGAUUGCAGUCUCCCUGUCUCUUUCUCUUACAUUCUCUCUCCACUCCAUUCUCUCUCCACUCCAUUCUCUAAACCACUCCAUUCUUCACUUUAUCUCUCUAACUUGCUCGUUCCUUCCUUCCCUCCCCACCCCACUACACUUACAAAAACCAAGUCCUUACAACACUUGCUCUGACUUACAGUAUUCUGGUUUAUUUGUUAGAUCAUGUGGUCUGUGAGGAGGAAUUCAAGUAUGCCAUGCUGGCUUUGAACUGUGUAUGUCCAGCCACAUCCACGCUGGUCACACUCCUAGUGCACACCUCCAGAGGACAGUGAGUACACCACAUUAACUUCCCAUUAAAACAUGAAUGAGUCUCUCCCUUCUACUGAAAACUCAGCAAAUAAGCAUCAAUAUUGGAACCAUAAACCUCGACUUUGGGGUUGUGAGAAAGUGCUAUACAAAUACAAUCCAUUAUUAUACAUGCAGGUUUUGAAGUGUGAAACCGUAACCUAUAAAUUGAGGUUUCCUUCUUUCUAAAGUGCCAAGAAGCCACAACAACAACAACAACAAACAAAUGUGGUUCUGGCCAAAGGCAUUCAUCUAUUGUGGUCUCCUUCCAGAAAGCUACUGCACUGCCAUAGAGUUUACCUUGUGCCUCCACACUCAUAAAUCUCACUGUGUGCUGCCAUCAACACCAAGCCAAGGUGAUAAAAACUUCAGCACCGUUAUAAUAUCCACAGCUUGUGUAAUCCUCUUUAUGGAAACUUGGAUAGGCUAUUUUCUUUUUAUGUGACAGGUUUUUAUGGAUAAGUUUCUCUGAAGUCAUCAGAUUGAUUAAAAGUGAAAAUGUGAAAGGGAGAGAGAGAAGGAGAGCGAAAGAGAGGAGAGAGAGAGAGAGAUAGCGAGAGAAGAACAAUAGAUGCAGAGUAUGGCUGAGUACAAGCUCAUAAAAGGUCAGAAGCAAUUUGUUUGGCCAGAUGGAGCUAUAAUUCAAGGGAAAGUGCUGAGUUGCAAAUCAAGCCAAAUGAGUACUAUUGGAGUGGAGGUAACUGAGCCAAACCAGAGUGUUUAUCAAUACACCUGAAAGCAUUCAGUCUGAAAGCAUUCAGUCUGAAACCAUUCAGUCUGAAAGCGUUCAGUCUGCCAUUUUUUGUACAUAAAGAAGAAGAAGAACCAUAUAUUUUUCACACUACUGAGCCGAACAAUGCCGAUCCGAGCCAAGCUGUACUGUGCUGUUCAAUUUACAUAUCCAUCAACCAUAGUUACUGGAACUGUGCUGGAAAGGACAAUGUGAAAAUAAAAUAUCUGAGCCAGCACAUUACGGUUCAGGAGGAGACUGUACUGUGAAAAGGGAAUCAGUCUCUUCAUAAUAGCUAGUAGUUCAUCACUGUCGAGCAUCUCAGGUCAAGGUGUUGUCAGGUAUUAGACCACUGAGUCUCUCCUCUCAGAUACUGCUAUUACAGAGAGUCAAUGAAUUGCUCAAUCAUCAUGGGACAUAAGGCCACAAUGAGUUUCCUCCACUUCUUAUGUCCUUAACUACAGGGAGGGCCAGCUGUCUCCAGAGCAGUGGCAGAGGACAUAUGGACGUUGCUCUGGGAACGAGGUCUACCACAUUCGCCUGUGUGACAGCAAGUUCUUCGGGGAGUACGACGGGAAGAGUUUCACCUAUGCCUCCUUCCACGCACACAAAAAGUGAGUAGACAGGCUUACUGAUUAUCCUGGUAACCCAGGAAUGUAUCAGCCUCUGUAUAAAAGACAAACCAUGAUAGCCUGCAGGUGCUCUCUAGGACUGGAGUUUUACACCACUGGAUUAAACAACAACAUAUCAGAUGACUGAGCCUACUCUUCAUUUCUCUGGGGGUGUUGGAAAAAAGGCAGAAGGCUAAUUUCUGCUCUAACCAAACGGACAUUAAAGUAUCUAUUCCAUCUCCCCUCAGGUACGGUGUGUGUCUGAUCGGGGUGAAGAGGGAGGACAACAAGAGCAUCCUGCUGAACCCAGGUCCUCGCCACAUCAUGGCCGCCCCAGACACCUGCUACUACAUCAACAUCACCAAGGAAGAGAACUCCGCCUUCAUCUUCAAACAGGAGGAGAAGGACAAGAAGGGCCUGCCGGUGGCCGGGCUGUACGACGCCCCCUCCAGGCUGCCUGUACACAGCAUCAUCGCCAGCAUGGGUGAGAAACGGGGAAGAGGGAUGGUGGGAGGGAGGGGAGAGUGAGAGAGAAGGGUCUAUAUCUUCCAUAUCUGAUAAAGGGGUUAGUGGGGAGGGAGGGAGGGAGGUGGGGGGACGGGGGGGGGGGGGGGGGGGGGGGGAUGGAGGGAGGGAGGGAGGGAGGGAGUCUCAUGUAGAGGGUAGUGGGGAGAGAGGGAUGACUGAGUUUUGUUUUUAUUUCUUCACUCUUCACUGCUGUGUAUGAGCUCAGCUACAACUUUUGCCAGGUCAAAGAUUUCACAGUGCACCUGCUGUAUGGGUCAUUCCACGAAAUGAGUGCCUUUUGCGUCCGUUUGAUAUUUUACGUAGAUGUUGUGCACCAAUAUUACAUUUUUUAUAGCCUGUUAUAUUAAAUGAAGUGCCCUUUAAUAUAGACCACAUGAAGAAUUCAAUCAAUCAGAUUUUUAUAUGAAUAAAGGCUUGCUAAAGUGCCAGAAUUCUGCAUUUUGACAUGUCCCUCCGUCAACCCUGUGUCACUUCUAGGAAGAUUGUAACCCACUUAAUCCCAAAAUGGAUCGAAGUUUCACCAUAAUUGUAAAGCCCUAGUUAGUUUGUUGCUUUGACAAAGUUAUUUCUGAAGAUUAUUAUUUAUAUCAAAUGAAUAGUGAUUUAUUUAUGUCCGUCCCUCAUUUUAAGUUCAACUCUGUUACGUGAAUUGAACUCUCGUUUAAGAUGGUGAAACUAUUCCUUUUUAAAUAUUUGUUUCGAAAGAAACAUUGACCAUCUAAUAGUCAAAUCAUAGAGUACAAGCAGGUGAGCUAAUUAUACUAUUUUUGGCUAUUUACUGGUGUUUUGUGGUGAGCGGGUCAAGCAUAACACGUCAACCCUGUUACCCAAGAUAGACAGGCUAGAAAUGUUAUAUCAAUUUCAAUCUUUUUUUUGUGAAGCUUGCCACUCCAUGUUGCACACAACAAGCUUCCAUUCCCCCUGUCACAAAGGGAUUCAUGGAUGAUUUAAGAAGAAAUUGUCAACCCUGUUACGUUCAACCUUGUUACCUUAUUUGGAACUUAAUAGACACUUACUAUAGUAUUAUUAAUUUUUUUACCUCUUGAGAUGGAAAUAAAAUGUUUUUUAUGAAGUUGAACAUGUGCUCUUUAUGCCAGAAUGUAAAAAUUAGGUGAAAUCAAACGUUUUUUUAUUUUAUUUUACAAAGUUACACCUCUCAAAAGGCUCCAAAUUGGUGGAACGACCCGUAUGUUGGCAUUGACAUGGUGGUGAUUUGUUUGUGGUGGUUGUUGUGUGCUUGUGCUCUCUUUCAUGGCAUGCAUGUGUUAUUUUCUGACUCUAUUGGCUAUUUUCCUUUUCUGGGCUGACUUUUGUUGUUGUUUUUUCUACUACCACUUGUUAAAGUUGAUCAGGCCACUUUGUAUGGUAAGUUUGUGCAUGUUGCUACCAUACCAUUGUGCUAUCUAUUGUGUAGGGUCAUUCUUUUGUGUGAUUGUUACAGCUUGAUAUUUUAUGUAAAUGUAUUUGCUGUUAAUCAGUGUUUUCUUGACAGGUUUUUGCACAUAAUUUUACAUCAUUUUAGUUCUGUUUAUCAAAUUAGCAUGAACUGUCCUAUCAAAAUGUUGUAUGUGAUACGUUAUGUAUGACUUUUCAUACAGUAUGCAGUCCAUAUAUACUUUUGACAUAAGCACGUCUAUGUGGUUUUGCAUGUGCUGUGGGGUUCCUUUACUUUCAGCAUAGUGCCUUUAAAACCCUAAAGUCAAGUGAUGAAGCUACUCGUCACUAUAACAAGAUAACGUUUUGCCUGCCUUUGUAGCCUUUCAGAAAUGAGAUACAAAAGGUGGACGCAUCUGCUUUGAUCAGAUGGCUUUAGAACUUGUAAUUUACCAUGCUGACAAUGAACUCAAGGGCAUCCAUUCAGUGACGGCAUUGAAGUAAUUUUGUAUUCAACUGUUUCUGUCAAGGUAGUGUAUAGCACAGCUGUGACGGGUACUUUAUAAUUCUAUAGAAUGAGGGUAGAUGGUAUAGUGUAGAUGGGUCGUUCCAUGAAAUGGGUGCCUUUUGGACAUGCAAACUUUUUAGAAAUUAACUUUAAAAUAUAUCUUCUUUCAACAUUCAAUUGCAUGGAAGAUAUGUUUAGUCUACGUAAAAACACCUUUUAACAUCUUAGGCAUUAAAAUCCUAUGAACUAAGAGUAUUUUAUCUGCACUUGUACCACAAUGUCUGUCAACCCUGUUACGGACACUUAUGUAACUUCCUAACUAUUAAAAGCAUGUUUGAGAGAAAUCCAACAUUUUCUCAUUGUUAAAGCAUCCCUUGUACAAAUAAACUCACAUAAUAUCACACUGAUUAAGUUACCGUUGGGCCUCUGACAGGGUUGACGAUAACAGGGUUGAGGUUUUAGGUGAAGAUCGGCCAUUACUCCUCAUGUGGUGAAGAUCAUGGGACCACAUAGAAAUUAUACAUACUGUAUGUUCCACACAUAAUGAAAAUGUAAUCAAAUUCAAGUUUUCCUAACAUUAAUUGAGCGAACAUGGUUGACGUGUUGAGCUCGACCACCUCAGUCAAAGAUGAUAAAACAAUUAUAAAUAGACCAAAAAGAGAAAGAAGACUUACUUCCUUUUCCACCAUGCUGUUCAGAAGACCCAAACGAUGUCACCUGUUGUGAAUCAUUUAUUUUGGUGGAAUGGUACAUUAUUUUAAAGGGGUAAAUUGUUUGCACAACAGGUUUUACCUUAAAAUUAAGGACAGACGUAAACGCAUCACUAAUCACAUGAAUAUCAAUAAUAAUAUUCAGAAAUGACUUUGUAAAAGCAGCAAAAUAAUUAGGACUUUACAUAGAUGGUGAAACUUGGAUACAUUUUUGGAUUAAGGGGGUUGAAAAUGCUGAAUUUCUGAACUUUAGCAAGCCUAUAUUCAUAUAAAAAAAUCUGAUUGAUUGAAUUCUUAUUGAAUGUGGUCUAUAUUAAAGUGCAUUUCAUUUAAUAUAACAGGCUUUUAAAAUAAAAUAUAUAUUCAAUAUUGGUGUAUAAUUUCUACUUAAAAUAUCAAAGGGACGCAAAAGGCACCCAUUUUGUGGAACGACCCAGAUACUGUUGAGUAGAGGACAUUAGUCUGUAAAGUCUACUAAAAUGAAAUGUAGAGAGGAAAUAUGAGUUUGAUGGAUGAGUGUGCUGCUUUGGGGAAGGACAAAAGACAAAGUGAUUUGACCAAUUCAACUAAAAGUAAUGACAGCACACCAGCUGUGCAGGUUCAUUUCAAUAAAAAAAGAUGAUGAUUAAAAUAAUCAUGAAUAUCAUCACUAGGCAACAUCAUGUGCUUAAAAUGUAUAGUGUGUUAAUAGGAAGGAUCACCAAAGUUUUUUUUUGCAGACAUUUAAACAGUUAUCAAUAAAUGGACAAUAUCAAUUGACAAUGAAGUCCAGCUAUCUAACAGUAGGGCCAUUUACACUUCAGCACCACCCCAUACAUAUAAUUGUCUCACCCUCCAUUCUACCACCUUUUCCAGGGACGGUAGCCAUGGACCUCCAGCACCCGGCGGACCCCCCAGAGGACAGCAGUAAGCUGACCCUGCCUACAGAGAACGGGGCUGGGAGCAGACGGCCCAGCAUCGCCCCCGUCCUGGAGAUAGCUGACUCCUCCUCCAUCCUGCCCUGCGACCUGCUCAGCGACCAAUCAGAGGACGAGACCAACCACUCAGACGAGGAGGGCUCGUCUGUGUCAGAGUGAGUGUCCAAUCACAGGGGAGGAGAGGAUUGGGAGGGGUUUAGGAGUUUCUUUGGCGGGUCGGGAAUAAAUUGGUGGGUUGCAAGAAGUUCCUACUUGAUGGAUUAUGACUGGGCUGUACCUAGAAAUAAUUGUAAUUAUCUGAAGGGUUAUGAGAAGUAAGAGUCCAUUCAAUACUUUCAGCGUCCAUUCAGCUCAAGGUUGAACCACAUAUCUACUCUAUCCAUUCAAUCACAGAAGGUGAGAGGAGAUGAGUGUGAAUGGGAUGGGGGUUAGAGCAGGUGACUGUGGAUCACGCUCAUUUGACCUUCUGUCAGAGAGAGAGAGAGAGAGAGAGAGAGAGAGAGAGAGAGAGAGAGAGAGAACUGGUCAUGGCCAACGACUCAUGGGGUUACGGUCAACUUGAAGUUCCACAGUGGUCAUGUGAUAUACAAGCCUUUGGAAAAAGGAUGCACUCACUCAGUCUCAAUACUGUAUGUAGCAAUCCAUCACUCCUCUGUGUUAACCUUCAAUACAACAAGGCUUUGAAUUUAUAUACAAUACUUUACAUAAAAUAUUACCAUGUGUAUUAUGUGUACUGACAUUGAUACAUUACUAACAGGCAAAGCGUCAACACAGGACUAAGAUCGGAUCCUACUACACCGGCUCUGACGCUCGUCCGAUGUGGCAGGGCUUGCAAACUAUCAUGGAUUACAAAGGGAAACCCAGCCGCAAGCUGCCCAGUGAUGCGAGCCUACCAGACGAGCUAAAUGCCUUCUAUGCUUGCUUCGAGGCAAGCAACACUGAACCAUGACUGAGAGCACCAGCUGUGUGAUCACGCUCUCUGUAGCCGAGUAAACAAGUUAACAUUCACAAGGCCACAGGGCAAGAUGGAUUACCAGGACGCCUACUCAGAACAUGCGCUGACCAACUGGCAAGUGUCUUCACUGACAUUUUCAACCUCUCCCUGACCCAAGCAGACCACCAUAGUCACUGUGCCCAAAAACGCCAAGGUAACCUGUCUAAAUGACUAUCGCCCCAUAGCACUCACAUCGGUAGCUAUGAAAUGCUUUGAAAGUCUGGUCAUGGAUCACAUCAACACCCUCAUCCCAGACACCCUUGACCCACAUACCGUCCCAACAGAUCCACAGAUGACACAAUCUCUAUUGCACUUACAGCUGUGGAAAAAAUUAAGAGACCACUGCAAAUUUUUCUUAAAUCAGCAUCUCUACAUGUAUGACAGCCAUUCCAUUCCAGUGUCUGUUGAAUUCCAACACAGGCACACCGCAUUCUACUGAAUUAGGUACUGAUUAGGUGAUCACCUGAAUCAAAUCUUAUUUAAUGAGGAAAAGUAUAAAAACCACUGCUGUGGUCAUCACUAUCCUCUUGCAAUAGGACCAGCUGGAUGGUAAAAACAGUGCUAAUAGUACCUCAAAAGUAAUAUAAAUCAAAAAAUAACUAUUGACCAUGCCAAAAGAGUUGAAAAGGAAAGAUUUGAGUGAGGAAAAGAAGGGUUCAAUUCUGGCUUUACUGGCAGAGGGAUACAGUGAGCGUCAGGUUGCUUCCAUCCUUAGAAUUUCGAAGACGGUGGUUCAUAAGAACAAGGGCAAGCAGCAGACAUUAGGGACAACAACGCUACAGACCGGCAGAGGGUGAAAACGACUCUACUGACCAGGAUAACCGCCAACUCAUUUGCAUGUCACUCAACAACUGUAGGAUGACAUCAGGUGACCUACAAAAAGAAUGGCAAACGACAGCUGGGGUGAAGUGCACGGCGAGGACGGUUCGAAACAGGCUCCUAGGGACAGGGCUGAAGUCGUGCAAAGCUAGAAAAAAGCCCUUCAUCAAUGAGAAGCAAAGAAGAGCCAGGCUGAGGUUUGCAAAAGACCAUAAGGAUUGGACCGUAGAGGACUGGAGUAAGGUCAUCUUCUCUGAUGAGUCCAAUUUUCAGCUUUGCCCAACACCUGGUCAUCUAAUGGUUAGACGGAGACCUGGAGAGGCCUACAAGCCACAGCGUCUCGAACCCACUGUGAAAUUUUGUGGAGGAUCGGUGAUGAUCUCGGGGUGCUUCAGCAAGGCUGGAAUCGGACAUUGUUCCCCAACUCUGAGGAUUGGUCUUUGCAGCAGGACAAUGCCCCAUGCCACACAGCCAGGUCAAUCAAGGUGUGGAUGGAGGACCACCAGAUCAAGAUCCUGUCAUGGCCACCCCAAUCUCCAGACCUGAACCCCAUUGAAAACUUCUGGAAUGUGAUCAAGAGGAAGAUGGAUGGUCACAAGCCAUCAAACAAAGCCGAGCUGAUUGAAUUUUUGCGCCAGGAGUGGCAUAAAGUCACCCAACAUCAAUGUGAAAGACUGGUGGAGAGCAUGCCAAGACGCAUGAAAGCUGUGAUUGAAAAUCAGGGUUAUUCCACCAAAUAUUGAUUUCUGAACUCUUCCUAAGCUAAAACAUUAGUAUUGUGUUGUUUAAAAAUUAACAUGAACUUAUUUUCUUUGCAUUAUUCGAGGUCUGACAACACUGCAUCUUUUUUGUUAUUUUGACCAGUUGUCAUUUUCUGCAAAUAAAUGCUCUAAAUGACAAUAUUGUAUAAUAUAAAACCAGAGAAACUGAUCAUUUUGCAGUGGUCAAAUUUUUUGCAGAGCACCUACAUAAGAAUGCUGCUCAUUGACUAAAGCUCAGCAUUCAACACCAUAGUGCCCUCCAAGCUCAUCACUAAGAUAAGGACCCUGGGACUGAAUACCUCUCUCUGCAACUGGAUCCUGGACUUCCUGGCGGGCCGCCCCCAGGUGGUGAGGGUAGGAAACAACACAUCUGCCACAUUAAUCCCCUCCUGUACUCCCUGUUCACCCACGACUCCUGUACUCCCUGUUCACCCACGACUGCGUGGUCGCGCACGACUCCAACACCAUCAUUAAGUUCGCCGACAACACGACAGUGGUAGGCCUGAUCACCAACAACGAUGAGACAACCUAUAGGGAGGAGGUCAGAGACCUGGCAGUGUGGUGCCAGGACAGCAACGUCUCCCUCAACAUCAGCAAGACAAAGGCGCUGAUCGGGGACUACAGGAAACGGAGGGCCGAGCACGUCCCCAUUCACAUCGACAUGGCUGUAGUGGAGCGGGUCGAGAGCUUCAAGUUCCUCGGUGUCCACAUCACUAAGGAUCUAUCAUGGUCCAAACACACCAACACAGUUGUGAAGAGGGCACGACAAUGCCCUCAGAUCCUCAAAAGCUUAUACAGCUGCACCUUUGAGAGCAUCUUGAGUGGCUGCAUCACCGCUUGGUAUGGCAACUGCUUGGCAUCCGACCGCAAGGCGCUACAGAGGGUAGUGCGUACGGCCCAGUUUAUCACUUGGGCCGAGCUCCCUGCCAUCCAAGACCUCUAUACCAGGCACAAAAAUUUUUUUCAAAGACUCCAGCCACCCAAGUCAUAGACUGAUCUCUCUGCUACCGCACGGCAAGCGGUACGGAUGCACCAAGGUGUUUACGAAGCAUGUGAUGAAUACAGUUUGAUUUGAUUUGAUUAUUUAAUAGAUUGCCUUGUUGCUAAAGUUCUCAAGCCUUUCUCUGUAUGUGUGUUUUUGCUGUUGUUUUACCUCAGCUUUGUGAAAGGAUACCCUCCCAACUCCCCAUACAUUGGCAGCUCUCCAACCCUGUGCCAUCUCCUACCUCAGAAAGCCUCAUUCUGCUGCCUUCGCCUGGACAAGGUGAGUAGAGACAUGGACGUGCUGAGGCCUAUUGUGCAAAAACAAACUUGGUUUUAUUCUCUUAUGUGCUAAUUAUUAAGCCACAUCAUCCUAUUCCAAAGACAGUAAACAAUUAUAUUGUAUUCUAUUGUGUUGUGUUGUGUCUAAACAAUUGAAUUGUACAUUGGAUCCUCUUUGUUGACUGUAUGAAUAAUAGAAUAGGAAGUCUUUGUAGCUUUGAUUAAUAGAAGAGAGCAGAAAAACAAUUGUAUAUUGUUAACACAAUAGAAUAGUUUAUUGAAUAGUUUAUGUUUAUGGAAACAAAAGUUGCCUUAAUAAAUAAUAAAACUGACAGACGUGACAAACAUUAACAACCUUUAAACAUAAUUCACAUUUUAAUUUUUUUACAUUGUCAUGUCCAGGGUUGCAGACACAACAGUUUUGAGGAUGCCAAGGCCUAUGGUUUUAAGAACAAGUUGAUCAUAGUAUCUGCAGAGACGGCAGGGAACGGCCUCUAUAACUUCAUUGUCCCUCUACGGGCCUACUACCGCCCCAGAAAAGAGCUCAACCCUAUUGUACUGCUACUAGACUACCCGUAAGAAAUCACUUUGCUUCUUUAUAAGGGUUUUAGGUAACAUAUCCUUUAAACCACCUAUAUAUCAUGUAUUUAUAGUGCUUUAUAGGACACUCAUAGGGCAUUUUAAGACUGUAAGCAUUGGUAAUAGCUCAUGGAAUCUUAAAACAGCCUUUAUAAAUGCAUAACAUAGUAUUCAUGCUUAUAUAUACUGUAUGUUAUUUUCAUAAUGCAUUACAUUCAGUUGGUAAAGUGUGUUAUAAAACUACUUAUAAACUGGGUGGGUCGAGCCCUGAUUGGCUGAAAGCCGUGGUAUAUCAGACCGUAUACCAAGGGUAUGACAAAACAUGUAUUUUUACUGCUCUAAUUACGUUGGUAACCAGUUUAUAAUAUCAAAAAGGCUCCUCUGGGGUUUGUGAUAUAUGGCCAAUAUACCACGGCUAAGGACUGUGUCCAGGCGUGUUUCCGUUUUGCUAAGAACAGCCCUUAGCCGUGGUUAUUGGCCAUAUACCACACAUCCAAUGGCCUUAUUGCUUAAUUAUAGCAGUAAAAUACAUUACACACAGAUGGUAACUUUGAAAGAAAGUGUUACCAAGAUGUAUCGUUUGGCUACAUGAAGAUGAAUGAGGUGUGACAUGAAGGAAUUGCCAGUGUUACCUCAGUAGAGAGAGAGAGAGGUUAUUAUACAGCAGAAGCAGCCUGGGGUUAACUCAACUGACGCAGGAUGAGAAACGAUUUCUGCAUUAUUCAUUGCUGGCUGUGCCUCUGUUGGAUUAAUGGAGCACUGGGGAGCACUCUGGUGUGUGUGUGUGUGUGUGUGUGUGUGUGUGUGUGCGCGUGUGUGUGUGCGUAAGUGUAUUAUGUUUUUGCCAGUAAUAAUUUAGUAUACCAGUUUAAUUUAAGAAGGACCAAAGGAUUGACAGCAGUCCCAUAUAGAUUGCAAAAUAGUUGGGAAGAGAUUUUUGACGUACCGAUUCCAUGGCACAUGGUUUAUGAACUGAUACGCAAAACGAUGCCGGAUUCAAAACGUAUAAUUUUUAAAUGUAAAUUAUUAUACAAAAUUCUUCUAACCAAUAGAAUGUUAUUUAUAUGGGGGAUACAAUCUUCAGAUUUUGCUGCGAAGAGACAGAAUCAUUAGAUAAUUUGUUUUGGUACUCUCCAUUUGUAGCUUGUUUUUGGUCACAGCUCCAGGAAUGCUGAAGAAUUGCAAUAUUUACCUGGAGCUAACCCUUCAGAUAGCACUACUGGGUGAUCUGAAAAGUCAUAGUCAAUCGAUCAAUAAUAUAAUAAUACUUUUAGCAAAAAAAUUUAUUUUCAAUUUACUAUCUGUAGAAACAAUGAGAAUAGAAAGGUUCAGAACUUUUGUGAAACAUCACAGUACAGUUGAAAAAUAAUGGCAAAUAGAAAUCCAAUAUGGAUGGUGUUAAGAGAUAGAUGGGAGGGGUUGAAUGGAGUUGAAGGUUGGGACUAAUAACAACUAAUAACAACAAGAUAACUAAUGUAAAACAUACUGUGUCCAUAAUACGUAUAUAGGUUAUAGGUUGAAAACCUUUGUGAAAGAGCACAGUUUGAAAGAUAUGGCAUAUAGAAGCAAACCAGAUGGACAUCAUGAAAAUGAUCGGAGAGGUUGAGGGUAGAGGAAGUUCAGGAGUAAAAACAAACAGAAUAAACUAUUGUAAAAUUGACUGUGUCCAUUAAAUGUAUAUAGUAUGUAUAAGCUGGAAGUAGAGGCCUAAGCGUUGUUGUUCACUAGUUUACUCCAAUUAGGGGAGGGGCGGUAGGGUUAGAAAGUAACAAAGGAAAAUAUAUUUUAAAAAAGUAUAUGUGUGUGUGUAUAUAUAUAUAUAUAUAUAUAUAUAUAUAUAUAUAUAUAUAUAUAUAUAUAUAUGUAUGUGUAUAUGUAUGUAUUUAUAUGUGUAUGUAUGUUUGUAUAUGUAUAUAUACACUACCAGUCAAAAGUUUGGACACACCUACUCAUUCAAGGGUUUUUCUUUAUUUUUACAAUUUUUUACAUUGUAGAAUAAUAGUGAAAAAUCUAAACUAUGAAAUAACACAUAUGGAAUCAUGUAGUAACCAAAAAAGUGUUUGCCUUGAUGACAGCUUUGCACACUCUUGGCAUUCUCUCCAUCAGAUUCAUGAGGUAGUCACCUGGAAUACAUUUCAAUUAACAGGUGUGCCUAAUUUAAAGUUAAUUUAUUUCCUUCUUAAUGCGUUUGAGCCAAUCAGUUGUGUUGUGACAAGGUAGGGGGGUAUACAGAAGAUAGCCCUAUUUGGUAAAAGACCAAGUCCAUAUUAUGGUAAGAACAGCUCUAAAUAAGCAAAGAGAAACGACAGUCCAUCAUUACUUUAAGACAUGAAGGUCAGUCAAUACUGAACAUUUCUUCAAGUGCAGUCGCAAAAACCAUAAAGCGCUAUGAUGAAACUGGCUCUCAUGAGGACCGCCACAGGAAUAGAAGACCCAGAGUUACCUCUGCUGCAGAGGAUAAGUUCAUUAGAGUUACCAGCCUCAGAAAUUGCAGCCCAAAUAAAUGCUUCACAGAGUUCAAAUAACAGACACAUCUCAACAUCAACUGUUCAGAGGGGACUGUGUGAAUCAGGCCUUCAUGGUCGAAUUGCUGCAAAGAAACCACUACUAAAGGACACCAAUCAGUUUGGGCCAAGAAACACGAGCAAUGGACAUUAGACCGGUGGAAAUGUGUCCUUUGGUCUGGAGUGAAUACUUUCGCAAGCCACUGUAAGUGCCAAAAUAAAGGCAACGCUUGAGUAAAUGAGGGAUACAACGUAUAUUGAAAGCAGGUGCUUCCACACAGGUGUGGUUCCAGAGUUAAUUAAGCAAUUAACAUCCCAUCAUACUUAGGGUCAUGUAUAAAAAUGCCCAGUUGCCCAUUAUUUUGGCUACCAUGGCUAGAGGAAGAUAUCUCAAUUACUUUGAAAGAGGGGUCUCAAAGGAGCAUAGGGGGUUUAAAGGGUGUGUGUGUGUGUGUGUGUGUGUGUGUGUCAGUCAUCAGAUCUUAACCCAAUUAAACACUUCUGGAGCGGCACCUGAGACAGUGUUUUCCACAACCAUCAACAAAAAUCUAAAUGAUGGAAUUUCUCAUGAAAGAAGGGUGUUGCAUCCUUACAAUAGAGUUCCAGACACUUGUAGAAUCUAUGCCAAGGUGCAUUGAAGCUGUUCUGGCUUGUGGUAGCCCAACACCCUAUUAAGACACUUUAAGUUGGUGAUUCCUUUAUUUUUGCAGUUACCUGUAUUUAAUCUGUGUGUGGUUGCAGUUGUCGUUGGCCCUAUUGAUGUGUUUUUCCUGUUUGCAGGCCUGACAACCACUUCCUAGAAGCCAUCUGCUGUUUCCCAAUGGUCUACUUCAUGGCUGGAACCAUAGAUAAGUAGGUGUUCAUUACUUAAUCAUUAUAAUGAUAAUGCCCCUCCUCACAGAAUUACAAUGACUUCUCUAUUCUAAUGACAUCACAAUGGCCUCAUGCACAGACCGGAAACAAUAAAGCAUAUAUCAUUCCAUGACAUACCAUAUCAUUACAUCCCAGGGAUAUACAAUGAACGAGGGUCAUCAAUUACACAUGUGCAUCUUUUAUAGGCUGCUAAAUUUCAAAGUCAUGAAUAUCAUAAUAUGGUGUAUUGUGUUUUGCUCUCUUUGUGGCAGCCUGGACAAUCUGCUGCAGUGUGGCAUCAUCUAUGCUGAUAACCUGGUGGUGGUGGACAAGGAGAGCACCAUGAGUGCUGAGGAGGACUAUAUGGCAGAUGCCAAGACUAUCGUCAACGUACAGACCAUGUUCAGGUAUGGUAUGGGAGGCAUGCUCCCAUGUUAAAUUAUCGCCUACACACAGAGUUUUAGCUCUCCAUUUUAAGUAACCUAUUGAGUUUGGACUACUUGUAGUCUAGUAAAGCAUUAUUAUGAACAACAAUCUUAUUAUCCAAGAGGGACAUUUGUUUAGCAAACAAUGAAAUACACAAUUAAUGCGUGGAAAGUGUUGGGUAGUUGCUUUUCCUUGAAAAGUCUCUAAAGUUAAUAAAAUCCUAGGUGAAACUAUAUUAAACAGCAUCUUGGAAACUCAGCAAGUUUCUUCAGUCUAAAAUGUAAAGCAUCACUGAACAUUUAAUUCUGUCCCUCUUUUUUCUCUAGUAUAGCUUAUUAUAUGACACUAUUUAUUGUCUCUCUCUCUCUGUCUCCUUCUUCUCUCUCUCUCCUCAUCUCUCGUCUCUCUCUCUCAUCCUCUUCUCUCUCUCUCUCUCUCUCUUCUCUCUCUCUCUUCUAUCUCUCUCUCUCUCUCUCUCUCUCUCUAUCUCUCUCUCUCUCUCUCUCUCUCUCCUCUCUCUUCAUUUCAAUUUAAGGGCUUAUUGGCUAGUGACCGUAUGUUAACAUUGCCAAAGCAAGUGAAGUAGAUAGUAAACAAAAGUGUAAUAAACAAUAAAUAUUAACAGUAAACAUUACACUCAGACGUUCCAAAAGAUGUCAUGUUAUCUAUAUAUACAGUGUUGUAACAAUGUACAAAUAGUUCAAGUACAAAUGGGAAAAUAAAUAAACAUAAAUAUGGGUUGUAUUUACAAUGGUGUUUGUUCUUCACUGGUUGCCCUUUUCUUGUGGCAACAGGUCACAAAUCUUUCUGCUGUGAUGGCACACUGGUAUUUCACCCAGUAGAUAAGGGAGUUUAUCAAAAUUGGUUUUGUUUUCUAAUUCUUUGGGGAUCUCUGUAAUCUGAGGGAAAUAUGUGUCUCUAAUAUGGUUGUACAUUUGGCAGGAGGUUAGGAAGUGCAGCUCAGUUUCUACCUCAUUUUGUUGGCAGUGUGCACAUAGCCUGUCUUCUCUUGAGAGCCAGGUCUGCCUACGGCGGCCUUUCUCAAUAGCAAGGCUAUGCUCACUGAGUCUGUACAUAGUCAAAGCUUUCCUUAAAUUUCGGUCAGUCACAGUGGUCAGGUAUUCUGCCACUGUGUACUCUCAGUUUAGGGCCAAAUAACAUUCUAGUUUGCUCAGUUUUUUUGUAAAUUCUUUCCAAUGGGUCAAGUAAUUCUCUUUUUGUUUUCUCAUGAUUUGGUUGGGUCUAAUUGUGUUAUUGUCCUGGGGCUCUGUGGGGUCUGUUUGUGAACAGAGCCCCAGGACCAGCUUACAUUUACAUUUUAGUCAUUUAGCAAGACGCUCUAAUCCAGAGCGAUUUACAGUUAGUGAGUGCAUACAUUUUCAUACUGGCCCCCCGUGGGAAAUGAACCCACAACCCUGGCAUUGCAAGCGCCAUGCUCUACCAACUGAGCUACAGGGGACUCUUCUCCAAGUUCAUCUAUCUGUAGGUGAUGUCUUUGUUAUGGAAGGUUUAGGAAUCACUUCCUUUUAAGUCUCUAUUUCUCUCCUCUCUCCCUCCCUACCACUCUCUCUCCCUCUCUCCCUCCCUCCUCCCUCUCUCUCUCCCUCUCUCCUCCACCUCUCUCUCGCCCUCCCUCCUCCCCUUCUCUCUCUCUCUUUCUCUCUCUCCUUUCUCUCCUCGUCUCCUGUUCCCAGCUUCCCAGCUCAGUAUCAUCACCGAGCUGACCCACCCCUCCAACAUGAGGUUUAUGCAGUUCAGGGCUAAGGACUGUUACUCCCUGGCUCUCUCCAAACUAGAGAAGGUGAGCAGAGCAGUUCAGCGAUGGGGGCAUGUCACUCCUCCCUCUUUAGAUCUCAGGCUUAAGAUAUAGAGCCCUGGGGCUGGGUUAACAAGCCAGCUGGCUGACUAUGUACCUUAUUCUCUCUUUCUCUCUCCUACCCUUCCUCCCCACCUCUCCUCGCCUCCCUCCUCCUCCCUCUCUGCCAUUAUACUCAAUCAUCACCAGCUGACCCCCCUCCAACAUAGUUUAUGCAGUCAGGGCUAAGGACUGUUACUCCCUGGCUCCUCCGCGCUGGUGACAUUUCAUGUGUACUCUCUAUCUUUCUUUCUCUCUCCUACCUCUUACCCAUCUCCCCUCUCCCCUCUCCCCUCACCCUUCUCCUCCCCCCCCUCCCCUCUCUCUCUCUGCUCCCUCCCCCUACCCUCUCUCCCUCCCCUCCUCUUCCCUCUCCCCCCUACAGAUAGAGCGUGAUAAGGGUUCCAACCUGGCCUUUAUGUUCCGCCUGCCGUUCGCUGCAGGCAGAGUGUUCAGUAUCAGUAUGCUGGAUACGUUGCUCUACCAGGUGGGUUACCAGAUGUCAUGUAUUAGGGGUAGAGUCCCAAAUAGUACCUUAUUCCCUAUAUAGUGCACUUCUUUUGACCAGGGUCCCAUUUGGGACGUAGCUAGGGAGCUUAUCUGCAGUGUAUCACCUUAUCUCAGCCAGCAGAGUGUGCAUGGACUGUUUGAUCACUUAGUCACUCCCUUAGGCUAUGAUCAGCUUACCUUCUCUAAAUCCUAGCCCUUAACUAUUAAGUGGAGAACUGCAAAACUGAUCUUAGAUCAGUGUCUUGAGGGAAUCCUCUGUUCACGGUGGUACUCCAGUACUUACUGAGAAAAUUAUCUGAAAUUGCACUGUCUUUGAAGGGAAGUCAUGGACAGGGCAGAGAGAGAAAGAGAGAGAAAUAACAAAAGUAUUUUUGAGAGCUAUGAUCAUUCAGUAGUUUCUCACCCCUCCUCGAUAGUGUUUUCUCUGGAACUAGACAUUAGUAUAUUUUCAGUCUCUGGUUCUUUCUGUUUGUUUAUACAUUCUCUUGCUUUUUUACAGUCAUUUGUAAAGGACUAUAUGAUUCCCAUAGCAAGACUUUUACUAGGCCUGGAUACCACACCAGGGUCUGGUUACCUAUGUGCGGUAAGUAUGGCUACCUGUGUCUUGGAAAUCCUUACACAGGGACACUCGAAGUCAAUCUUAAAUGAAUCAUGCUUUAUAUUCAGCAUGCUGGAGAGGUUCCAACCAACUCAAUGCACCAUGUACACAUGUCGAUCAAGAGCUCUAACGGGGCAGUCCCGUUAGUUCUCUUAUAUACUUACACAGAAAGUAAUAUUUGCCAAUCUGUGAUAAUCAUCAAUACAUUUUAAUGUAGGUGUUUACAUUUUAGCUUCUAUAUCAAAAUACAUCAUUAUAAUAAAUCAUAAUAAAGGUUAUACUUCUAUUCUGUUUUGUGUGUGUGUGUGUGUGUGUGUGGUUGUGUGUGUGUGUGUGUGCGUGUGUCAAAUCAAGUUCAUUUGUCACAUGCACAGGUGUAAACCAUACAACGAAAUGCUUACUUACAAGCUCUUCCUCAACAAUGCAGAGUUCAAUAUCAAAUGUACGAAAUAGAAUCAAGAAUAGGAUCUUUAAAAAAAGCAACACCAGGUCAGAUAAAAAUAAAAACACACGAGAGAUAAAACACACAAGAAUGUAAGCUCUAUACAAGGUCAGUUCAGUACCAUAUCAAUGUGCAGGGAUAUGGUAGAGGUUGAGGUAACAUGUACAUCUAGGCAGUGGGGGAAAAAAUGACUAGGCAGCAGGAUAAAUAAUAAUAAAUAGUAGCAGCAUUGUAUAUGGUGAAGUGUGUGUGUAUGUAUGAUAGUGUGUGUAUGUGUGAGUGUGUGAGGCGUCGGUAUGUGUGUGGUGUGAGUGCGUUGUGCGUGUGUGUGUGUGUGAGCGUGUGUAUGUGAGUGAGUGUGUGCGAGAGUGACAGUGUAAGUGUGAUUGAGUUUGUGGAAGAGAUCAAUGAAAAAAAGGUGCUAUCUAGAACCCAAAAGGGUUCUUCGGCUGUCCCCAUAGGAGAACCAUUUGAAGAACCCUUUUGGGUCCAGAUAUAACAAUUUUUGGUUCCAGGUAGAACCCUUUGAGUUCCACAUAGAACCCUUUACACAGAGGGUUCUGCAUGGAACCUAAAAUAGUUCUACCUGGAACCUAAAAGGGUUCUACCUGGAACCAAAAAUAGUUAUCCUAUGGGGACAACGGAAGAACCCUUUUGGAACCCUUUUUUCUAAGAGUGUGGAUGGAGUCAGUGCAGAUAGUCCGUUGGUGGGUAGCCAUUGAUUAGCUAUUCAACAGUCUUAUUGCUUGGAGAUAGAAGCUUUCUCAGAGCCUGUCCAAGACCUGAUGCUCCGGUACCGUUUGUCGGACGGUAGCAGAGAAUGAACAGUCCAUGGCUGGGUUGGCUAAAGUUCACUUUUCGGGCCAGUGAUGUACUGCACCGUCCGCACCACCCUCUGCAGAGCCUUGCAGUCGAUGGCGGGGGAGUUGCCAUACCAGGCAGUGAUAUAGCCAGUCAAGAUGCUCUCGAUGGUGCAGCUGUAGAACUUCUUGAGGAUCUGAGAGCCCAUACCGAAUCACUUCAGCCUCCUGAGGGAGAAGAGUUGCUGUUGCGCCCUCUUCACGACAAUGCCGGUGUGUGUGGACCAUGUUAAGUCCUCUAUGAUGUGGACACCGAAGAACUUAAAACUCUUGACCCUCUCCACCGCAGUCCCGUCGAUGUGGAUGGGGACGUGCUUCCACUGUUUCCUGUAGUCCACGAUCAGCUCCUUGUUCUUGCUGACUUUGAGGGAGAGAUUGUUGUCCCGGGUGAUCAGGCUUACCACCGUUGUGUCGUCAGCAAACUUGGUGAUGGUGUUGGAGUCGUGCAAGGCCACGCAGUCAUGGGUGAACAGGGAGUACAGAUGGGGGCUAAGCACACAACCCUGGGGGGGCCAUGUUUUGAGGGUCAGUGUGGCAGAGGGGUUGCCUACCCUUACCACCUGGGGUCGGCCUGUCAGGAAGUCCAGGAUGCAGUUGCAGAGGGAGGUGUUCAGACCCAGUGUCCCAAGCUUGGUGACAAGCUUUGAGGGAACUAUGGUAUUGAGCUGUAGUCGAUGAACACCAUUCUCUCAUAGGUGUUCCUAUUUUCCAGGUGGGAGAGAGCAGUGCAAUUGAGAUUGCGUCUUCUGUGGAUCUGUUGGGGUGAUACUCAAAUUGGAGUGGAUCUAGGGUGUCUGGGUAGAUGGAGUUGAUGGGUGCUAUAACCAGCCUUUCAAAGUACUUCAUGAUUACCUGAUGUGAGCGCUACAGGGCGAUAGUCAUUAUGAACCUUAAGAGUUCUUGGGGACAGGAACAAUGGUGGUCAGCUUGAAACAUGUUGGAAUUACAGACUGGGACAAGGUCAAGUAAAGGUUGAAAAUGUCGGUGAAGAUGCUUGCCAGCUGAUCUGUGCAUGCUCUGAGGAUGUGCCGUGGUAUUCCGUCAGGUCCCGCAGCCUUACGAGUUUUAAGCCGUUUAUAAGUCUUACUCAUGUCAGCCACAGAGAGCAAGAUCACACAGUCAUCUGGAACAGCGGGAGCCCUCAUGCAUGGCUUGAUGUUGUUGACCUCGAAGCGAGCAUAGAAGGCAUUGAGUUCAUCUGUGAGGGAGGCGUAAUUGGGUAACACACAACUGGGUCUUCCUUUUUGUGUGUGUGUGUGUGUGUAUGUGUGCGGGUGUGCAUGCGUCGUAUAUGCAUGUGAUGUGUAAACUAAAUGUGCUCCCUCCUUCUCCCCAGAUGAAGGUGACAGAGGAGGACCUGUGGAUCAGGACGUAUGGCAGGUUAUUCCAAAAGCUGUGUUCUUCCAGUGCAGAGAUUCCUAUAGGCAUCUACCGUACAGAGUCACACAUGUUCUCCUCCUCUGAGGUAAGACAGGAUAGAGACAGCCCCUGUUCAAAUACUCUAGAGAUGCAUCAUUCCUUUCUUCUUUCCUUCCUUCCUUUCUUUGUUCUUUCCCUAUUUAUUUUUUGUCUUAAUUUCUUCCUUGUUGAGGUAAGUGAGAGCAAUAGGGAUAGUAACCUUGCUUUCGCUUGUCAAAUCACAGAAUUAUCAGUGAUUAGCUCAAGGAAGGAUGGAAAGAAAGAAGGAUCCAUUCUAAAACUAAUAAUUUGAACAAAGCCACCUCUGAGUAAUCCAUAGAUUACAGAGUGUACAAAACAUUAGGAACACCUAUUGAGUUGCACCUCCUUUUGCCUUCAGAACAGCCUCAAUUUGUCGGGGCAUGGACUCUACAAGGUGUCGAAAGCGUUCCACAGGGAUGCUGGCCCAUGUUGACUCCAAGUUAGCUGGUAGUGGAUCUCUACUCCAAAUAGGUUGUUCCAUCUUAUCCCACAGAUGCUCAUAUGGAUUGAGAUCUGGUGACUGGGCAGGCCCCUGUAGUAAGCUGAAUUCACUGUCAUGUUCAUGGAACCAUUCCUGGACAAUUCUAGUCUUGGGGCAUUAUCCUGCUGAAAAAAUCAAUUUGCCAAUGGAUAUACUGUUGCCAUGAAGGGAUGCACCUUAAUGGCAAUGAUGUUCAGAUAUCCUGUGGUAUUCAAACGUUGCUCCACUUUUAUCAAGAGGAUGAUUUAGUGCCAUGAAAACACUCCCCACACCAUCACCACCACCACCAGCCUGCAAUGUUGACACGCGGCAUGAUGGCUGCAUGUACUCAUGUGGUUUUCUCCAUACCCUAGUCCUCCCAUCAGCGUGAAACAGCAGGAACCGGGAUUCAUCAGACCAGGCAAUGUUUUUCCAAUUCUCCAUUGUCCAGUGUUUUCGUUCCUUAGCCCACUGCAACCGCAGUUUCUUGUUUUCUGCUGAAAGAAGUGGAACUCUGUAAGGUUGUCGGCUGCCAUAACCCAUUCGUGUCAAGGUAUGAUGAGUUGUGCAUUAUUUUAUGGGUCUUUGGACACCAAUGUUGUACUGGACUCUCAGUUGACUAACUGUAGCCCGUCUGUUGCUCUGCACAAUUCGUGUCAGCCUCCUUUGUCCUCUUUCAUCAAUUACCCAUUUUCGACCAAUGGCCUGCCGUUGGCUGGAUGUCUUUUGGGUGGUGGGCCAUUCUUGAUACACACGGGAAACUGUUAAGCGUGAAAAAACCCAGCAGCAUUGCCGUUCUUGACACACUCAAACCGGUGUGCCUGGUACCUACUACCAUACCCUGUUCAAAGGCUCUUAAAUAUUUUGUGUUGCCCGUUCUCCUUCUGAGUGGCACACAUACACAAUCCAUGUCUCAAUCGUCUCAAGGCUUAAAAAUCCUUCUUUAACCUGUCUCCUCCCUUUCAUCUACACUGAUUGAAGUGGAUUUAACAAGUGACAUCAAUAAAGGAUCAUAGCUUUCACCUGGAUUCACCUGGUCAGUCUAUCUCAUGGACAGUACACUCAGUGUAUUUGUGCUAUAAUUGUGCUGCUAAUCAUUGUAAUUAUGCAUUAUAUGCAUCAUUGAACUAUUGGGUGCAACCAUUCACAAACAAACAUUCUUAGUCAAGUAAAUGAUAUUUACUUUUGCCAAUGCUACUCUGUGCAAGUGUUUGAUUUUCAUCCAUCAUUGUGUGCUUUUGUUUGUUGGUCUGUCCAAGUAUCCUCCUUCCUAGUUAAAGGAUAGUUACCCACAGUUAAGAUGACAUCCUUGUCUUGACAUUUUACAUAACUGUCUUUAUCUGCUCAAAUGUGCAGUACAACAAAAAUGAUAGUAUACGUUAAGUUUCGUUUGGCGCUUCAGUAAUGCUGUCAGUCAAGCGCUUAUUCAUAAUGCAUUAUAAAUGCGUAUCUAGAGCUUCAAUUACUGAUGUAAAGUGUCACCAAAACGUCCUAUUGGAUCCUCAUACUGUACUCAUAGUUGAUUUGGUAUUAACCCUUCACCCUCCCCCUAGUCUCAAGUAUCCAUCAACGUAGAGGACACUGGUGGUGACGACCAGAGAGACAACCGCCGCGAGAAGACAGCUCACCGGAACUCCACCACCAGCGACCAAUCAGAACAUCCGUUGCUGAGGAAGAAGAGCCUCCAGUGGGCGCGGCGUCUGAGCCGUAAGAACACCAAGCCACCGAGUCGCACCGAGCGGAUCUCCCAGCAGCGCCUCAACCUGUACCGGCGCUCCGAGAGACAGGAGCUGUCUGAGCUGGUCAAGAACCGCAUGAAGCACCUAGGCCUGCCCACUGUCGGAUACGGUGAGCGGAAAUUUACAGGACACCCUGGUAAUACUGAGGGACAUUAUAGGGUGCUGUGUCAUAUUUAGUUUGGUGGUCUUAUAUGUGUCACCUGUAGGGUUGCAAAAUUCCGGGAACUUUCAAUAAAUUCCCUGAUUUUCACGAUUUCUGGAAAACCAGGGAAUUUAUUAAAAGUUCCAGGAAUUUUGCAACCCUAGUCAACUGUCAUAGUUUGGGUAUUGGUGCUGUAUGGAAUGACAAUGAUGGGGGAUUAGUUGGAGAAUUUAGGACGGACAUUAUUGUUGGAGAUGUUUGGGAUAUAUUUUGCUGUAUGUUAAAUCUAAUUGUGUGUCAAUUACGAAUUACUUAUCUCAGCAGAUGAAAAUACUAUCAUAGUAAUAUUAUUGAGUUGUUUAAAGAUGUAUUACAUAGCUUCUGACUGUUGUUUUCACCAUGCAAUCUUGUCAUCCAUUCACCCCACUUAAUUGAACACCAUUUCAAAGGGGUGUACAAGAAGUACCAUGACAUCAAUAACCAUAUAAACAUCUCACAACGCCUAACAUAAACAUUGAGGAGUAUUCCAUGGUCAUUCUCCAUUAUUCACAUUAUUCUACAUAGUAUGAUAAUGAACCUGCAUAACCUCUUAUGAAUGUGCGCAACCUCUUUAUGAAUAUGCAUAACCUUCAUGUUACUUGUAGCCUAUGCAUGGAAGGAUGACUGAAGCAUAAUGAAGCAUUUUAUCUCAGGCUGCAUUUUGCCUGCAUCCCCUCCCCUCUCACUUCUUUUCACUAUUUUCCUCGCUCCUCAGCUUCCUUCGCCUUCUUUUGCAAAAUAAAAAAAAGAAUUUCCCUAUAUAAUUCUCCAUACAAUUCCUCAUGUCAAAACAUUAUGAUGACUCAUUCAUAUAAUCCCUGUUCGAGGGAAAAUGCUUAUUACGUAAUACUGCCAGAAAUGUUAAAUCGGAUGAUUGAGCCAGAAAUACUGUAGAUAUUUACAUUAUAAAUGAUCUAAUAUGUAUUACAUUAUUCUAAAAACGUAAUAGCUUUUAGCCUGGGAACAUAUUUCUUUGCCUAUUAGGUCAUUUUUACAUCCCCUUUUGAAAACUGCAUUUUUGCUGCUUGCCUGAUCUUUUCUUUCUCUUGUCUUCUUUUCGUUUCUUUCUUUCCCCUCUGGCUUGUAGAGGAUGUUGCUAAUCUUACUGCGAGCGAUGUCAUGAACCGAGUAAAUCUAGGAUAUUUACAAGGUAAUCCCACAUACAGUAGUGUUCACAUACAGUAUGCAAUGCAACAUAUUUUGUCAUCACUCCCAUCUCUUAAAUGUGUCAAGUGGUGUGAAAUUUGAAUUUCAUUCUAUAUGUUCAAGUGUAGUGCUACUUUCCUGCAAACUAUGCUCAUUGCUCAGAGAAGAAUGUUGUUAGGGAAAUUAUAUAUGCUUCUAAUAUUCUACUUUGUAAGGCAUCUCAAGUGGUGCAUAUACCACCAUCCUUUUAAAAGGGGAGAUGGGUUGAAGAAGGUACCAUAUUCAUUAAAAUACAGUGGGGAGAACAAGUAUUUGAUACACUGCCGAUUUUGCAGGUUUUCCUACUUACAAAGCAUGUAGAGGUCUGUAAAAAUCCAGAAAAUCACAUUGUAUGAUUUUUAAGUAAUUAAUUUACAUUUUAUUGCAUGACAUAAGUAUUUGAUCACCUACCAACCAGUAAGAAUUCUGGCUCUCACAGACCUAUUAGUUUUUCUUUGAGAAGCCCUCCUGUUCUCCACUCAUUACCUGUAUUAACUGCACCUGUUUGAACUCGUUACCUGUAUAAAAGACAACUGUCCACACACUCAAUCAAACAGACUCCAACCUCUCCACAAUUGCCAAGACCAGAGAGCUGUGUAAGGACAUCAGGGAUAAAAUUGUAGACCUGCACAAGGCUGGAAAGGGCUACAGGACAAUAGGCAAGCAGCUUGGUGAGAAGGCAACAACUGUUGGCGCAAUUAUUAGAAAAUGGAAGAAAUUCAAGAUGACGGUCAAUCAUUACAUUUACAUUACAUUUUAGUCAUUUAGCAGACGCUCUUAUCCAGAGCGACUUACAGUUAGAUCACCCUCGGUCUGGGGCUCCAUGCAAGAUCUCACCUCGUGGGGCAUCAAUGAUCAUGAGGAAGGUGAGGGAUCAGCCCAGAACUACACGGCAGGACCUGGUCAAUGACCUGAAGAGAGCUGGGACCACAGUCUCAAAGAAAACCAUUAGUAACAUACUACGCCGUCAUGGAUUAAAAUCCUGCAGCGCACGCAAGGUCCCCCUGCUCAAGCCAGUGCAUGUCCAGGCCCGUCUGAAGUUUGCCAAUGACCAUCUGGAUGAUCCAGAGGAGGAAUGGGAGAAGGUCAUGUGGUCUGAUGAGAUAAAAAUAGAGCUUUUUGGUCUAAACUCCACUCGCCGUGUUUGGAGGAAGAUGAAGGAUGAGUACAACCCCAAGAACACCAUCCCAACCGUGAAGCAUGGAGGUGGAAACAUCAUUAUUUGGGGAUGCUUUUCUGCAAAGGGGACAGGAUGACUGCACGGUAUUGAGGGGAGGAUGGAUGGGGUCAUGUAUCGUGAGAUCUUGGCCAACAACCUCCUUCCCUCAGUAAGAGCAUUGAAGAUGGGUUGUGGCUGGGUCUUCCAGCGUGACAUGACCCGAAAAACACAGCCAGGGCAACUAAGGAGUGGCUCCGUAAGAAGCAUCUCAAGGUCCUGGAGUGGCCUAGCCAGUCUCCAGACCUGAACCCAAUAGAAAAUCUUUGGAGGGAGCUGAAAGUCCGUAUUGCCCAGUGACAGCCCCGAAACCUGAAGGAUCUGGAGAAGGUCUGUAUGGAGGAGUGGGCCAAAAUCCCUGCUGCAGUGUGUGCAAACCUGGUCAAGACCUACAGGAAACGUAUGAUCUCUGUAAUUGCAAACAAAGGUUUCUGUACCAAAUAUUAAGUUCUGCUUUUCUGAUGUAUCAAAUACUUAUAUCAUGCAAUAAAAUGCAAAUUAAUUACUUAAAAAUCAUACAAUCUGAUUUUCUGGAUUUUUGUUUUAGAUUCCAUCUCUCACUGUUGAAGUGUACCUAUGAUAAAAAUUACAGACCUCUACAUGCUUUGUAAGUAGGAAAACCUGCAAAAUCGGCAGUGUAUCAAAUACUUGUUCUCCCCACUGUACAUAGUGGAUGGAUCGAUGUCAUGCUAGUAGUUUAGUACCUAGUUUUGAAUAGCUAGGCUACUGUAUAUUAGUAUAGACAGUCAGAAUGUUGUGUUAUUGAAUGAAAGUAUGACAGUAGCCUGUGAGUUAACAGUGUUGACUGUCUUAGAGUUGCAGGGAAUUUCAGAGCAUCUGUUAAGAGAGGAGACCAGAACAGGUUAGAUGGAGAAUCAUAAUCAUAGAGCACUACUGCAUGACUCUGUGUGAUAAUGAUGAUGGCAGUGGUGGGUGGCAGACAAUCAGUCUUUCUUUCUCUCUGUCCUCUGCAUUGUGUGGACUGAAGUGGGAGACAUAGACCUAGUUCAAAUUGUACAACUGAUGUACACAACGGUUGUUUCAAAUGCGUUGUAUAUCAGUUGUACAACCUGUGUGAACUAGGUCUUAUUGACUGAUGAUGGAAGGGGAGAGACGGCCAGACAGACUACCAAGUUACUGCAGGGCAGGAGAGUGUGGAUACACUACAGGGUGGUGGGAUGGAAAAGAGUGGAGCAGAAAGCAUUAUGACUGUGUUGUUCGGAAGGUCAACAGUUCAUUGCUAUCAACAAACCAAAGCUACACUGGGAAUGUUGUAGAAUAUAACAGUGGUUGCUAACAAAAAUACCCAUAUAGCCUUUUAUUAACCUAAAUACAAUAUGGUUUCUAAAUAUUCAUCACAUUAUAGUCCCUCUGAAAGACUAUCCAAGAUUGACGCUAUAUUUUGACCCCUUCUAAUCCCACACUCCAAAUGUAUUUUGCUUCACUCUUAUAUUGGUUGAGCCUCACUUUGUUUGGUUGAGCCUGCCCUGCCGGAUGCCAGAGCAUGUUCUAGUUGUGUUUGUGGGUGUGUCAACAUUUUUAAAUGGGGGCUGAGUGUCAUUGGCAUGGCAACCAUGGUGACGUGUCGCCGUGAGUGACCAGGCCGACGUGUGGAAUGCGCAGAAGGUGAAUCGAUGCGGACAGUGUCUGCAUGUCUUUCUUAUACCGCGCAUGGAGGGAUGCGCUUGCCUUGUGGCAGCAUGGGCCUACCCUGUACCAGCCAUGCCCUGUCAGUAACGGUUAGACCUUCUCUCUCUCCUACCCACCCCGCCUGGCAUUAUAAGGGGCAAACACAGGUGGGUUUGGAGAAGCAGAUGCACCUUACCCCCCAACCCCCAAGUUUGAGCCUCAUUCUGUCCCAGGUACACAGUUUCUCACUCUUACAUGCGAACAGGAAAAACACACACAGCACUUCUCACUCACAGACACUCACUCUGGAUAGACGUUGCCCCCCUAGGCAAAGGUCUAAGAUCAGGGGGAAACUGACCUUAGAUCAGUGUCCCAGAGCAACUUGAUCCUACUCCAAGACAAGCACAGGACAUCAAAGGAUGCCAUGUCAAGGCAUAUUCAGUUACACACCAUUGAUUAUACUGUAUUUGAAUAGACAUGAAGAAAAUGAACACAGGACUUAUAUCAAACAGGACCUAUAGGCUUACUAUAUAUAAGUAAGCCUUGUCCAGCCAGAACGGCCCUUAAAACAGCCCUUACUGUAUAUGCAUAUGAUUUAUUAUGUCAGUCAGCCCUUUACUGAAGAUCAGGGAAUCCUAUACUUCAAUUUUCUAAGCGGACCAUUAGUUGUCUAAUGUUGUGUGUAAUUGGUGAAUGUGAGGGGACUGGUACAGCCAGAGCAGCUGUUAAGACCUGUCUCUGCCUCUGUUCUGUUCCAGAUGAGAUGAACGACCACCAGAACACUCUGUCCUACGUUCUCAUCAACCCCCCUCCAGACACCAUGCUGGAGCUCAAUGACAUUGUGUAAGUACCAGCAAGAGAGGUGUCUCUUCUCUUUUCAGCCUUUCCUCUUUACACUAUCGGUACUAUACUGUACCAAGCUGUGUCGACUGUACACUAGCCUAGGUAUGGGACAGUACAGUUCUCUAGUAAUGUGUUCUAUAAAUAUCUGGAUGUGACCCAAGAGAGUUGGUUUUGCCCUCAUCUUGAUGGAGAUUUUUUAGUGGACUAUGAGAUAAAACUGGGUUAAUCACGAACAUAGAGUUAGAGUUCUUUGUUAUUGGGCCAGGAACUUAAUUGGAUCAUUUCACUGUGUGUGUGGGGGUUUGUGUAUGUUUCAAGGAUUUAGGGACCUGUCAUGUCCAACAAUCGGUCUUCAGGUCAAGCCCAGGAGAGCCAGGGUUGAACAGAGUUUAAACUAAACAUGAGUGUUUUUGCAAGACAGGGGAGUGAUUGAUUGUAGUACUAUGUGAUUCUGAACUGAAUGAAAGUCGAAUUUAGCCGCCACCAUAGACAAAGGGAGUGGGUGGAGCAAUAAAAGAGCGGGAAACUGAAGAAGGAGGGAUUUUAAAGCUAGGGUGUGUGGAGGGCACUAUAUAAGAUGGAGAGAGAGAGGAAGAGGAGGUGCCACUCUGCAGACCGGCAUCGGCUUUGUUGAAACUCUAAUAAAGUAAUAUCUUGAUGCAACAGAAACUCUGUAAGAACUUUGAUUUUCCACAACAAUCUCUCUCUAGGUACAUCAUCCGGUCCGACCCGCUGGCGGGGCCCGACGUGCCCGAGGACGCGGCCCAGGGUCAGAGCAGCGGCGGCGGCCGAAUGAGGCAGGACUUUGGCACAGAGACCAGGGAUGAGACCCACCUCUGA